AUGCUCGGAAAAACUCAGGAUUUUACUUCUGACCACUUUUUAAAGCAGCCUGGUUUUCGGACUUUGAAGUGUGUGCACAUCCAAUGCCUGACCAAGAAUGGAAUCCCGACGUUCUACCGGUUCGGGGAAUCUACCCUCACCAUCGUUGAGGAGAAGAAGAAGCAUUCCUGGCCCUUUGAGUAUGUUACCCAGGCGUGGAGUACGUUUUGUAAAACUAUCUUUUGUGAACCACCUUUCUCCGAUAAAGAUAUCGCCUCUUUUUUUAGCCAAAUUCACGAGGCGCUCACAAACGCAAACUUCCUUCAAAGUGCUUCGGAUUGUGACCUCUCUAUCUCCCAGAGCAACGUUAUCUGGGAUCGGGUGGUUUCUUUAUUUGGCUCUGAAUCCUGGAAAAUUAUCAGCGACUACACUAUUGAGAAAAUAAUAAGAAACACGGAUAAAGCUUUUCCUAGAGGAAAGGUUCCGGUGCUUUGUGCAACAAUUGAGAAAAUUGAUACUGCACUUCCAAUUGCCAGGGCUGUUUUGCAGGACGAAACAGGUAAAAUCGGCUGCAGCAUUGAUAAAAACGCAAUUCACAAGUACAGGAGAUUUCUUUGUGCGGGUGCUAUUCUAAUUCUUAAGCAGAUAAGUCUUUUCAGCCUGAAUCAAAAAACAUUUUACCUGAACAUAACUUCCUCAAAUAUAUCGAGGAUUUUUCUCGAUGAAUCCUCCAUUGACUCGCGGCUGUUGGGCUCUCGAAUUGUUGAGAAUGUUUCUAUCUGUGGUGCGAACUUCCCCCUGACCAGUCCCCCUCUUUCGGUGAACGAGUUGAGGACUCUAGUCGUCGAGUGCCUAACACCGCUCUCCAUAUCUCCGCUUCCCAAUCCUCCUCUCGUCAAAUCUAUGAAAUUAGUGUCUUCUCCGCGAGGCACUUCACGAUGUUUGGAGAAGUCGCCCCACCAGCGUGACCCAACGCAACCCAGAAAUCAGAAUUGGCGAUUGAGUAGUGGUGGACUGACCUCCGCUAUCAUCACCUCCCCUCCCCCGGCAUCCAAAUCGAAAUCCCUAGCACCUUUCCAAUGUCGACAUGGUAUUCGGUCCCUUCUGCGGAGGAAUCCAAGUGCUACUUGUUCUCAAUCUCCAGUAUCGGACAUGCCAAAGUCCGUCUCACGUGCACAAAACUUACCCACUUCUUCCCCAAAUACUAUGUCAUCUAUGCCUUCGGAUUGGAUGGAAGAUGAUCGAGUACAAAUGUUCGAGGUGUCAGAAAAUCCCAUCGAAAACGAUCCCUUAACAUUUUGGUGGCAACGUAUUGACUACUAUCCGUCAUCGUCAGUGAUCAAACAUAUUGCCUCGCUCGUCGUUUCGAUCCGUCUGCCCAACGUUAUCAGUGGUCCAGCCAGUAAAGUAAAAAUUAUUCUUUCGAAGAUGCUUAGAUUCUUCAUUUGUGAAGUAACUGGAUUAUGUUUGCGGUUUACUACCAAGACGAAAAAGGAGCUGUCUGGAUAUCUUCACACCGAGAGUUCUAGCUUGGAGCUACAGCAAUAG